GGCAGAUAGAUCUUGACCGACGACACAGGCCACACGGCCGGACGCCGACAGGCUCCCUACAAAUCAGGACACAAACCACCUCCUUGCCGGAGUCGUCGGAGUUGGGCAGGGCUCCUCCCCCUUUCUCACUCCACCACCAGCCCCAGAUCUCCUCCGCCUCGACCGACAACCAGUCCACCAACCACUGCCGCGCGUCGCCGGCGGCGGUCGCACCACGAGCCGCCGCCAUGCUGCCCACAGCCACCCCACCCUCCACAACCACCUCGCCGGCCCCCUCCACCCCGGCCCCCGCUCCAGCCGCCUCCAAGCCGCGGCCGCGGCACCCGCUGGGGCUCGACACGCUCGCCUCCCACGCGCGGUCGCUCUUCGCCGCGGGCCGCCGCUCCCCGGUCACCACGCUCGUCUGCGCCAUCGCGCUCCUCGCGCUCGUCAUGUACGGCGAGGACGCGCGCACCAUCGCCGAGCUCUCCAUCGACGACUACCUCUACCCGGACGCCGACAUCUACAACGUCUCCGGCCUGCCCCCCGUCGCGCUGCCCCCGCCCACCUGCGACCUCGCGCACGGCCGCUGGGUCUUCGACAACGCCUCCGUCCCGCUCUACCGGGAGAAGGACUGCACCACGCUCACCAAGCAGGUCACCUGCCUCGCCAACGGCCGCCCCGACCACACAUGGCAGUACUGGACAUGGCAGCCCAGCAACUGCUCCCUACCCACGUUCGAUGCCCGGAGGUUCAUGGAGAGGAUGAGGGGGAAGCGGCUCAUGUUCGUGGGGGACUCGCUCAACAGGAACCAGUGGGAGUCGCUGGUGUGCAUGGUGCAGUCCGUGCUCAACAAGGGGAGGACCAAGUUAGUCAAGAGGGGCAACUUCAUCGUCUUCCACGCCAAGGAGUACCGUGCCACGCUCGAGUUCUACUGGGCACCGUUCCUCGUCGAGUCCAACUCCGACAACCCCAAUUUCCACACCAUCGUCACCCGGAUCAUACAGCCCGAAAGCAUCGAGGUUCACGCGCAAAACUGGAGGGGCGUCGACUACCUCAUCUUCAACACGUACAUCUGGUGGCUCAACACCGCCGACAUUAAAGUCCGGAGGCCCGAAUCAAGGCAUUGGUCGGACCAUGACGAGGUGCCGAGGGUCGAGGCAUAUGAGCGGGUGCUAAAGACAUGGGCGACCUGGCUGAAUGACAAUAUCGAUCCCGCGCGGACAUCAGUCUUCUUCAUGACAAUUUCUCCUCAUCACGACAGUCCAGAUAAAUGGGGAAACCCCAAUGGGAUCAAAUGCGCAAAGGAGACGCUCCCGGUAAACUACACCCAGCCCCUCGACCUCAACCAUGACAUGCGGCUUUAUGACCUGGUAGCAAACACAGCCAAGUCCAUGAAGAAAGUUCCGGUCACAUUGAUCGACAUCACGAGGAUGUCAGAUUACAGGAAGGAUGCCCACACAUCCAUCUAUUCCGUCCGACAGGGGUAUCUGCUGACGCCAAAGCAGAAGGCCGAUCCACAGAAUUUUGCUGACUGCAUCCAUUGGUGCCUUCCUGGCGUCCCAGACGUCUGGAACCAGGUACUCUACACAAGGAUCUUCUCGAAAUCACCCCCUUCUCCGCCAACUCCAACUCCAACUCCAACUCCAACUCUUCCUCUCCCUCCCCAAUGAGAGGCAGGGCUCCUCCAUAGGAAAUGUACUUGUUCAAUCUUCUCCUUUUUAGAGUUUUGGUAUAAGUUAGAGGAGAAGCAUCGAGUGAGCUGUUUACUAAUGGCGUGUAAAAUUGUUCAGUUGAAUUGUAAAUUAGUUUUGACUUAACCAAUUGAGCAGAGAUCAUUGUAGUAAACAGUUGCACUGGUAUAUUAAAUCUGAAGUAGGCGUUGAACAUCAUACUGGAAUAUACAAAAUGGGGCAUCACUUGUGAUUGUAA